AAGCAAACCCUGCUGUUGUUUACGCACGUGUAGUUUGUCUGUAAACUCAGGAACAGACGUAUAGGGUGGUGACACUAGGCCUAUGCACAUUAUUGCCGAGGGAACACUGAGUAUGGCCUUGUUGACCAGUCACAUAAAUGUAUGUUUUAUAGACCUAUGCAUUGUCUUGGGGAAGAAAUGACAUUAAGACAGGAUUGUUUGUCAAGACUAUUUUGUUAAUUUAUAAUGAAUAAUCUGUGGUUUGAAUUCUGUUUCAUGAUUUUUUCAAGGUUUUGCUCAACCACGGUUCCCUGGUUGUCAAUACCUCACUCAUGUUCAUUGCAUAGUACUUCUUGUUGUUUCCAUAGCAUUAGGUAAUUUUAUGUGAUGGCAUCACUGGAACUGAGAACAACCCAUCUUCCUAUCUAGUUUGGGAUUUUGCAAAGGUGAAGUUGCAGGGGUAAGAGUGAUCAUUCUUACAGCACAUUGUGACAAUGUAACUGUAAAAACGAUGCCGUAUAUAUUAAUUAUUAUAUAUUUUAUUAUAUUUAUAUAUUAUACUUUAUACUUUAUAUAUUAAUAUUAUAUAUAAUAUUAAUAUGCAUUAUAUAUUAAAAUAUUCAUGCAGAUUGACUAAAUGAUUGAUCUAUCAAUUGUGUGGAAAUAUGUGUACAUGUAUUUGUGUCUGUGUGCUUGACAGGACAGUAUUGGUCUUAUUGUGAUGAAAUAAAUGGUGACAAGAAAGUGCAUGGGUUGAGGAAAAAAAGUAACAUACAUAUUAACACAAUUCAAGCCACAUUAAAAUAACAGAGAUUGGCAAUAUCAUGCGUAACUGCAUGCUAAUCAGAAUAGUAGAGCUGAUGCUUACUUCCUUCUGGAGGAAGUACUGAGCCUAAUUUAGAGCUGCCUGGAACUGCUUGUGUGACGCUAAUACAAACGCUUGAAAGAUCUCUGGUUCGCUUUCAGGCUGGCGCGAUACUACGUAUCUUCUGCUGCCAUUUUAAAACCAAAAAAAUAUUUGUUUAUUUAACUGCAUCUCCUAAACAUUUGGCCACUGAGACAGGUUUGUCAGUUUUCUGUGCAUGUCCCUAAUUUUCUUUAGUCAGCAUUCAUUAUAUUGUGUAUUAAACAGAAAAUGGUGCAAAUCACCUUUUCAUUUGUCUGCUAUAAAACUAUGACGUCGAUCGCAGAUUAUAAACGACAUGAUUAUAAAUGACACAAAAAAACCACGGUUUUGAAAAAGGAGUUAUUUUCCAAACCUGCAGUCCUGCAUGCAUCCACACAACCCUCUAGGCACGUAAAUCAACAUGCACACGCACUAGACACAAUGCACAAAAUGAUAUAUGUGCACCCAGACACACACAUACAAUUAAACAGACACACAUGCCAAGGCAUGAACACACAUGUACCCAACCCCAGCCCCCCAUUUCCUGUAGAGAAGUGUUACCUCACUAGAGGAUGGAGGACAGGGAGGAGGAUGAAGGGGGGAAGGCUUCGAAUUUCAAGCCAGCCCUCUCUCUCAUGGCUCCCUCCCCCCGACCGCUCAAAGAAAGGGUAGGAGCGGCCACAGAGGAAACGGAAGAGACGAAAGAUUUUCAAAACCCCGCAGGCAGAAAGAAAGCCCCUCUGUUUGCUCUCCUCUGUCUCGUGAUCCUUGGACCCUUUCCUCCCGCUUCACUUGCGACUGAUUUUGACGGUCUUGCGAGCCUUCCCGUACCCCGGCCCUGCCUUGAGAGAGGACAGGAGAGGAGCUCCGGUGCAACACGUUGGGGAGAUGCCCCCUCAGCCGCAGGCCGUAGGGUUCCUGAGGAGCCCUUACGGGAUCCUGAGGCUGCUGCAGAUGGUGCUGGGAGCCGGGCUGUGGGUCACCAUCGCCGCCAACAAGUACGAGGGCUCCAUCCACUUUGUGCUGUUUGUGGCCGUGCUCUUCUGGCUGCUCACCCUCGCGCUCUUCUUCCUCACCCUGCUGGACAAGCAGAACCUUGUCCCAAUCGUGGGCGGGGAGCGCUGGUUGCUCAGCAACUUGGUUCACGACCUGGCGGCCACCGCUCUCUACCUCCCGGCCAUUGGGAUCAUGAUCUACAAGACGGACAAGAACUCGUACUGCAACCUGGAGCAUUACAGGCACUACUGUCUGUACAAGGUAUACCUCGUUGCCUCCAUCUUCGCCUGCCUGAGCGCGACUGCCUAUCUGGUCUCCGCCGUUUACGGCUCGUGCAGGAAGUGCAGGGGUCAGCAGACGGCCGUGACGGUCGGUGAUCUUCUUUAACCGGGAACAGGAGGGAGGGGGAGAGAGAGAAAGAGGAAUGAGAGCGGUUUGGUUCGCUUCGCUUUCACCCUCAAGAGGAAAACGAUAAGAGAAGGAACUAUCUUAUCUGCUCAGGCACGGGAAAAGUUUUUGAAUCCAAUUUUUGAAUCCAAGAAAAGGGGCAUCUUCUGCUGUGGUUUGUCCCUGCCUCUGACCAGAAAGGUUUGUUCAAUAUUUGUUUCAGUAAACUAAUGUUAUCACUGUUGUUAAUGUACAUUUGUAAUGUUAUUUGUAUAUGCGCUUUUUGUUUUUCAAUAGAUCUUUUCUAAAGUUUAGGAAAAGCUCAUAGAGUGCAAAGACGCUUUGGUGAAAAGCUAGUAACAAAUUGUGAUUAUACUCUGUGAAAAUGUUUGUGGCUGUGUUUGCUUCCAUUGUUUUACACAAACAUUACAUGGAAAAGAAAAUGGACCCUAUGCCAAGCCAGUGGUGACAAUUACCAGUUUGCCUGAUCUCAUACAACAUGGACCUUAUUUCAGUGCCUUUGUAGUAUUCUCCAACGUGCUGCUGGAGAGAAAGAGGGUUAUAUUAACACUGUAACAUUUAAAGUGGAACAACAUGAACAAAAUGAAAAUCCUGUGAUGAAUUACAAACACUGUCAUUAGCUUUGCAGUGCUGAUGUUCCCUCCAAGUCCUUUUUCAUCAGAUGUAAAAUUAAGAACAAGCUGCAGAAUAAAGAGUCUCUGAACUUGAUGAGACAAGCCAA